AUGGCUUUUGCUGGUAAACUGGGUACAUGCUCUAUCACUACUGCCGAACUUCGAGGAGCUGUCCAAGGGCUACAAGUGGCUUGGGACGAGGGAUACCGCAGAGUACAACUCCAACUGGAUUCACAAGUUGCAGUCAAGCUGCUACAAGAGAAGGAUAACAGAGACCAUGCCCAAGUCGGGGUGAUGAGCAGAGCACAAGAGCUGUUGUCGAAGCAAUGGGAAGUUGAGGUCCACCACAUCUACAGGGAAGGAAACAAAUGUGCUGACUUUCUGGCCAACCUGGGGCAUACUUUUGAUAUUGGUUUCCACCGUAUCCCGCUCGAUCAUAGUGAUCUGAACAAUUUGAUUUUGUAUGACAGACAGGGCCUUUCAGAGCCCAGGAAUAUUUUAAUAAACUGA